UCUCCAACGGCUACUACACGCUCAAUGUCUACAUUCAAGAACUUCUCCACGACAAACCAUAAAUCUUGCCACCAAAUUUCCAGAAACUCCAUGAAAGUUUUGCUACUAAUUAAAUUCGCCAUCAGAUUUCAGGAUUUCAGUCAUUAAUGGCUUCUUCUACGCCUCCUUAUCAUCGUUCCGACAAGUCUCGAACCAAAUCCUCCUCUCGCCUGGCCCGGAUUGGUGAUAAAGCAAGCCAAGAGCCUCUACGUAUUUCUCUUGACCUCGUUCCAUCUCCCACCAAAUCCCUGUCACCUUCUGCCUUAUCUCUUAAAUCUCCUCCUUCACUUCCCAUCAAAGAACUCCUCCUCCUUCCACCUUCGCCUCGUAGAAGGUCUAAGACCCGCCUAGCUGAUCGGCUUGAAAUGGCCGAAGAAUAUGUGGAACCUGUUGGGUUACAUAGGCGCUGCAAAAGUAGAGGAGCCCAAAUGGGUUUGCUGGCAUCCCCGAGGAAUUCCCGGAGGUCAAGGAGGCGAUCGGAGCUUGAGAUUCGAGAAGAGAAAGAUACGGGAUUGGCAGAUGAGAUUGGAAAGCCAAGGAAAAGAAGGCACAGUGGGCGAUCUAAGGAAAAGAAGGAGAAACUGAGUUUGGUCCCCUACGUACCAGCUUCGAGUUCUUCUCCAAAACCUGAGGGAGAAAAUGGAGGUAAUCUAGAUCGUAUUGGACAGCUCACAACUGAUUUGAUUAUGUGGAAAGAUGUAUCAAAGUCAACCCUAUGGUUCGGCUUCGGCGUCCUCUGUUUCUUAUCAUCUUGCUUUACUACUGGUCUGAACUUGAGCGUUUUCUCAGCCAUGUCACAUCUAGCAAUUCUAUAUCUGGGUGUUUCUUUCAUCUCCAACUCAAUUUGUCAAAGAAACCAGAUCAAAAAGAAAGGCGAAGUCAAGCUGAAAGAAGUUGACAUUUUACGUCUCGCAAAAUUGAUUCUUCCCACUUUAAAUCUUGCAAUUUCAAAGAUACGAGAGAUUUUCUCAGGGGAACCAUCCAUGACCCUAAAAGUAGUUCCUUUCCUUCUUCUAGGAGCAGAGUAUGGCCACCUUCUUACAAUUUGGAGGCUGUGUGCCAUUGGAUUUUUUGUCAGCUUCAGUGUCCCAAAGCUUUAUUCUUGCUACUCUGCUCAGAUAAACCAGAGAGCUGAAUGCUUCAAAUUGCGGUUGAUGGACACAUGGAAUGGUUGUACUCACAAGAAGUUAGUGGUAGUAUCGGCUGUCACGGUCUUCUGGAAUCUAUCAUGUAUGAAGACCCGAAUCAUCACAGCAUUUAUAGCGCUCGUAAUAUUUAGAUAUUUUCGGCAACAUGUAGUGCAAGAAGUAGAAGAUGGGGAAGACGUAGGAGAGAAGGAACAACAGCAAGCCUUGGUGGUGGCAGAAACAGAGGAAAAGGAACAGCAGCGAGCGAUAGUGGUGGCAGAAACAGAGGAAAAGGAACAGAAACCGCAGCAAUAAGUCUUUUGCUGCCAAUACUAGCACUUACCUAUAUGCUGACACUUAACACACCAAUAAGUAUGUUAUAGAUAUACAUGGAACCUUUCUUAGUAGUUCGGUGAAAGGGUUGAAAGUGUUUUGGCCUAUGUUCAAUAUUUUUUCGCCAUGUAUAAUUUAGAAGUAUAUUUUGGUUGGUUAUCGAUGUGCACAAAUACUUCCAAUAUGCAAGGAAAAAUCAAUCCACUUGACUUCACAAUU